UAUUAACCUAGAAGUUCAGCAUCAGCGCCAGCUUUCGGAGUGUCUAAUUUAGCGCGUUUAGUAAUUCCCACGUCUUGGUCCUACCUGUUUAAACGAACCAAUUCCGCCUUAAUCCGAUCGACUCUUCUGUCGACCCUCUUGUGUCCCAGCGACUGCUUCAAAGUCGUGUUACCUUCAACUUAUCAAAUCUUUCCCUUUCUCUCUUUCUCUCCACCCGAGAUACAACUCUACUAAGCUGUCCGUUGGCGUCUGGUGCAGUACUGUUGCGAGGGCAUCUGUAACAUGUUUGCGUAUGGCGACUUCGCAACGUUGAUAAUAAACCCCUGGGAAAUACUUAGUAUCCUUGCGCACCUUGCCGCAUAUCCACGUUUACAUCUAAUAAUCGUCUAAAGGGAGGUUAUCUUUGAAUCGUUUUGAUUUCUCUCUACACUCUACAGAGAACUUAACCCCUUUACUUAUAGCUGCUGCUACUUUAACCGACAAACCGCUUCAACCACUUCAACCGCUUCUUCAUCUCGAGUUGCGAGAGCCUCGUCAUCUUUUCGGACCCUUUACCUCGGCCGCACGAAACCCUGUAACCCUACCCUCGCUUUUAGUCUCGUAUGCGAUCCUGAUACAACUGUAAUCGACCCCUCAGUAAUAGAUUCCUUACAACGAAAUUUCCCUAUCCACGUUUUCUACCCACCAUGGGGUUCCUGGGUGUUUACAAGGCACUCUACGAUUAUGCGCCGCAAUCUGAGGGAGAGCUAUCAAUAAGUGAAGGCGAUAUUCUCUAUGUCUUGGAGAAGAGUGCGGAUGAUGAUUGGUGGAAAGCCAAGAAGAAGGCUAGUGCCGACGACGAAGAUGAGCCCGUCGGCCUAGUACCUAACAACUACGUAGAAGAGGCACCGCCUGUAGGACAAGCUCGUGCAUUGUAUGAAUAUACUCGGCAGACCGACGAAGAGUUAUCUUUCCCCGAAGAUGCCCCAUUGCAAGUCUAUGAUACGUCCGAUCCGGAUUGGAUUCUUGUCGGGUUUGAGAAGGAUUAUGGCUUCGCUCCGGCAAAUUAUAUCGAGAUGGGUGCGGCCUCGUCGGCUUCGGCACCGGCUACGACACAGAAAGCUGCACCGGAACCUGAGCCCGAAAUUGAGCCUGAGCCUGAGCCCGAACCUUUACCCGUACCGAAGCCCCCGUCCUUACCUACACGAGCCUCUGUUUCCUUUGCUCCUGUCGAGUCAGAAGAGCCUCAGAGCCCGCCUCUUCCGGACAGAAUCCCCCCAGCAAGAGCUCCAGCAAGAGCUCCAGCCGCCCCUACAGCACCGCCGGGUCCAGCGGCUACUUUAGCCGGCGUAAUGCAGGGCAAAAGGUCUACUCGUGCGGCGACGCCUCCGCCGGUCACUAUACCUCCUCGCCAGCAAUAUCUCUCCGAAGAAUCCGAUGGCGAACCAAGUCCCGCUCUACCGGUGCGGCCACGACCCCAGCCAAGUAUACCGAAUGAACAACGUCGUGCGUCAGCUCAUCCGCAGCGGUCCUCUAGCCGCCGUGAGUACGAGGAUGAGGUCUACCCACCACAGUCAAGCCGGAUCGCGCCUGGUGGAUUCCAUCUAUAUAACAUCAACGAGAUGGUGUCUAUAAUGGGCAAGAAAAAGAAGAUGCCCACAACAUUAGGCGUAAACUUAAAAACGGGGGUUAUUCUAAUCGCCCCUGAGCAUGUCUCAGACGGCCCAAGUCAAGAGUGGACUGCAGAGAAGAUGACACAUUACUCCCGAGAGGGCAAGCACGUGUUUCUGGAGCUCGUUCGGCCGAGCAAGAGUAUAGAUUUCCAUGCGGGUGCCAAGGAUACUGCCGAGGAAAUUGUCAGCGCUCUCGGCGAGCUGGCCGGAGCCGUACGGGCAGAAGGUCUGCGGGAGGUUAUCAUGGCCGGAACUGGUCAAAGUGCCCAGAAGAAGGGGCAGGUCCUUUACGACUUUGAGGCACAGGGAGACGAUGAAGUAACAGUUUCUAUAGGAGAUGAAGUCAUGAUCCUCGACGAUACCAAGAGCGAAGAAUGGUGGCAAGUCCGACGCCUCAAAAGCGGAAAAGAAGGGGUCGUUCCAAGCAGUUAUAUCGAAAUUAUUGGAACGAUGACAUCGUCAUCGACAUCAACAUCGGGUAUUAAUGCCGGCAAGUCUACCGUAGCACAGAACCGACUGGAAGAAGCACGCUUGACUAAAGAAGCGCUCAAGAGAGACCAAAAAGCAGCAGAGGUAGGGCCUGGAAUGAUUUUGCCUGAGAGGCGUAGUAGUUUGUCGGUGAGAGAUAAUGGUAACACUUCUGGGCAACAGCGAAACCGACGCGAAAACGGCCGAUCAGAAAGCAGCCGCUCUGGUUCCUCCUCGAAGCCUAAACCAGAUCCGACCAAAGUACGAAGUUGGACAGACAGGUCCAAGUCAUUCAGUGUCGAGGCCCAAUUCCUCGGGCUCAAGGAUGGGAAGAUUAAUCUACACAAGCUGAAUGGAGUCAAAAUUGCUGUCCCUGUGGCCAAGAUGUCGAUCGAAGAUAUUGAGUACGUCGAACGUAUCACAGGGGCGUCCUUAGACGAAGACAAGCCCCUAUCUGAAGUUAAGCGCGCAUUGCCUUCGAAGAAUAGUUCGAACCGAGAGUCCGCGUCUAGCAAAGUCGGUGCGUCUGUCGAGCCGGCGAAGCCAGACUACGAUUGGUUUCAAUUCUUCCUGUCUUGCGAUGUUGCUGUCGGCCUCUGUGAGCGAUAUGCUCAGGCUUUUGCUAAAGAUUCCAUGGAUGAAAGCGUUCUGCCUGAUGUGGACGCGAGUGUUCUCCGUAAUCUUGGCCUCCGGGAAGGCGAUAUCAUCAAGGUUACACGUUACUUAGAUAAGAAGUAUGGUCGUGAUGGCAAGAAGAAAGGCGUUAGCUUCUCUGGGGACGAUGACGAUGGUUCUGGCGGUCUCUUCUCGGGACCAGGCGGGACACUCCGGAAUAAUACUCGAAAAGGUCGUCCCGCUCCUGCUGUUCAGACUAAUGACAAUAUAGAUGCCAAGGCGUUUUCUCAACAAAAAGACAGCGGUGCCCAAGAAUCGGAGUCGUCCUCUCCUGCUGCAGCUCGCCCAAAGGCCACCGGUAAGAGUAGCGGCGGGUUCGACGACGACGCCUGGGACGUAAAGCCGGCCAAGCAGCAGCCCGAGCCUGAAGCGAAACCAGCUCCAACCGCUGAACCAGCUCCGGCCGCGCCUGUUCAACCUCAACGACCACCAACGCAAUCCAUGCAAGAUCUUUCUCUCCUAUCGACUCCGCUAGAGCCGAUCAAAGUACAGCCAACCGCUACAUCCCCUACUAUAACUCUGCCACCACCCCAAGCCCAGCCGCAACCCCAAGUUCAGCCUCCACAGACGCAACCUCAGCAGCCGGGAGCAACGCCGGCUUUCUUCACAGGCAUCCCGCCACAGCAGACAGGUCUCCCGCAGGCGUUAGCUCAACCCCUCAAUCUUGGUCUUGGUAAUAGGCAAAGACCUACACCACCCCAAGUCACCGGCGCUCAAGGUGCUCUAAUGCCGCCACCGCCAUCACGGCCAUUAUCGGCACCGCAGUCUGUGCAGCCUAGCGGGUUCGCGCCACCUCCGUUACAACCCCAGAUGACGGGCAUCGCACCCCCAGGACAGAGUCUGAACGACCUCACCCAACAGCGAAUGCAGCAGCAAUAUAUGGGCUCCUUCCAGCCCCAACCUACUGGCCAAGGUAUGAUGCCAUUCAACACGGGUGUUGGCAUGCCCGCCCAGUCCGCGUUUGGACCUGGCCAGUUCAUGCAACCUCAAAUGACUGGAGCGCCACAAAUACAGAGUCCAUUUGCAGACCCUCGUCCUCAACAAUUCUCUCCAAUGCAAAACCAACCCACAGGCUUUCCGGGUGGUUUCCAGCCGCAACAACAGUUCCCACAACAGACUGGUGUCAACUCUUAUCUCCCUCCUGCACUGGAGCCUCAGCGCACGGGUAUGCCAUCGUUACAACCGCAGCAGACCGGCUUUGGUGGCUUUGGUCAAGGCUUCAAUCCUGGCUUAAAUAACGCAGCAGCCCAACCUCAACAGCCUCCCGCAGCUCCUCUUCUCCCCCAGCAGACAGGUCCUCCACCCCCCGUGCGCUUCGGUGUUACAGAUAAAAUUGUCCCCCAGCCUACUGGACGCCGUGCGAACCUCGCCCAAGCGACUCCGCAGAACCCAUUUGGCUUCUAGAGGCCGCCUGUACAGGGCGCUUUGGUCAGAUAGCUGUGGUGUAGGGUUGAUUAUAACAACGGUAGUCUAUUCAGACGCGGGUGGUAGGCUUAAUGUAUUAGAGCGCGAUGCUAGUCGACUCUAGUCGGGCCCUGAAUAAUAAUCGCAUAUCGCGCCGCUAGAGCCUUGUCUAAAAUGUAUCUAUCUACCUCAAGCAGCUCAGAGGUGAAACUUAAUCUUGAGACUGGGGGGUCAUCACAGAGAGGUGUUUUAAGAUAAUCAGGCAAGGGAGAGGUGAUUGGGAGGAGAAAGGCGGCCAUGUAUAGCAGAAGCGAAGCAGGGAUAGAGGCUGAGGUGGGAAUGGAAGUAGACUUUGUUUGGACACGGUUUACUUAUAAGAAAGAAAGAAUGAAUGGCUUCUUCUCCAUCCAUAUAUUAUAUAUAAUUUUAACUAUUGCCCACCUGAGCCAGGAACACUGGAGGCUGUCUACUGCCUGGACGUUGUCUGGCAUAAAGUAUGUAUAGUAAUUAAGUCGCUUUACUUUCUUGUCUGAUAAUAACGCGGAAACUGUAUGGGCUAGUUGUAUAUAGUGAGGUUAUAUCCCUUAGGUUAGCUGCGGAUGCUAUAGCAGCAGCAUUUGGUGACGGGAUAUAUAACC